AUGACUACUCAUGCGAAGAAGCAGCCAUCAUGCCUUUGUCUUGCCUUCCCCAGUAUCUCCUCCUUGAUGAAAUACUCACAAAACUGCCCGUCAAGUCUGUUACAAUUCAGGUGUGUGUCGAAGUCAUGGCGCUCUUUGAUCUCCGAUCCCCACUUCAUUAGAACUCACCUCAAUCAAUCACUCUCAAAAUCCAACAUCCAAACACAGCGGAUACUCAUAGCUAGUCUCAACCGCCCGUUCCGUUUUUACGCCGGAUCAGCCGGUAAUGACCACAUUGCAGAAUCGAAGAUUGAUUUUUUAGUUCAGUACAAUCCUCCUCGUAAGUGGCAAAUUGUUGGUUCUUGCAAUGGGUUGAUAUGCAUGGUGGCAAAUUAUGGACAUAAAUAUAUAUGCAAUCCUUCGAUGUAUGUACUAGAAAGAUUCAUAUAUGUAUUCAAUCCUUCAACGAGAGAGUCCAAGCAAAUACCGAAUUUCAAUCCCGCGGAUGACAUAGUUGGAUUCGGCUAUGACCAUUGUUCUGAUGAUUACAAACUGGUGAAAAUACACAACAAUAGCGUCUAUGCGUAUUCCCUGAGAAUUUGUUCAUGGAGAAAAGUUCAUGACUUUACUUAUAAGUGCAGUAUCAAUGUUUAUGAGAGUGGGACACAGCUGAAUGGAGCCCUUCAUUGGCUUUGUUUGGACGAUAAAGGGCAUCCAUUAGAGAUUGCUAUUUUUAGUUUGGAGGAUGAGAAAGUGUGGAAGAUUCCCAUGCCUACUUCCUUCACCGAUGCGGAUGAAGCAUACGAAUUGGGGGUGUUUGAAGGAUGCCUUUGUAUACUACCAUGGUUUGGUGAUGCAUACACAUACUGGGCUAUGAAGGAAUAUGGGGUGAACCAGUCUUGGACUAAACUAGUAACUAGAGUCCCAUUUGAUGAUACCUUCAAGCCACUGGUAUUGUUGGGGAAUGAUGUAGCUCUGUUGUGGAUAGACUACAAAAAGUUAGUUUUAUACAACACAAAAGAGGAAACAUAUAGGGAUCUUAUGAUAGAUGACGACAUCGAAGGUUCUUAUACAACCAUCUAUGUAGAGAGUCUCGUAUCACCGGUCAUGAAAAUGUGA